AUGAACCAGCAAGGCGCAAUCACAGACACUUUUGUGAAGAAAGUGUUUGCGCACCUGGACAACACGGACGUAAACAAGCUUGGUGAUUUCUUGUCGCUGUUCCAGAGUGGGUCUGCCAAGAUCAUACUGAACUCUCAGCCGUUUGGUGACCCGACGCAGUUUCUAACACUGUGGCAGCAACAGGUGGUCGCCACCCAGCACACUGUACAGAGUGUAGACUUCCACCUUAUCCCUGGCUCCGGGAUGGUCGUUUGCAACGUCACUGCGAAAGUGCGGUUCGACGAGAGUGGGAGGGACAAAGCGGGAGUGGACGCCACGAUAAGAGACGCAAACGGUAGCGGUGCAACGCCACGCCGCGGUGCGGGGAACCACACCCCGAGAACCCAGUGGGGGCCCUAUUUCGGCAUUUCGCUGCAACUCGUUCUCAACGAGAGUAUAUACCGUAACAGUUUCCAAGGUUGCAUCAACGCAUUCAACUACAGCAUCGUUUACAAACCUAGUGACACUCUUAUGCAAGUGUGA